CGAGUCUACCGGAACCCGGAAGCUUGAAUGUAGAUUUAAAAGAUUUAAAAAAGUUAGCUAAUUGAAUACGUAUAUCGUGUUUUAAAGGAAUCUACUCGUCAGACGGAUAUAUUGAUGCAGCGGUAUUAGUUUGAUGAGUUCUUGUUGUUGUUGUUGACAACUGGCAACACAGAUUAGUUAGCUGGUUCGCUAGCCAGUUAGCCGCUGAGCUAACCUUUUAGCACUAAAGACUUCUCGUAAGCGCCGAUGCCUCAAGAAGAAGAGGAGUCUCUUCCGCUGGUUCGUUCUCUGAACAGUCAGAUUCGGGUUUAUGCCACGUUUUGUAACCAAAGCACUCGCGUUGUGCGGCCAAUAUGGAUAGAUUACCGCGGGAGGCCUCAACUCUACGACGAGUUGCAGCCAAGAACAGGACGAAGAAUAAACACCUUCGUAGGUCACCCUUGGAUGUUCAGAGAUGCAGCAACAGAUGAGCUUUUGAGGGUGAACAACAAAGAGCUGUUUGUUCCUAAACCAGCUGAUGCACGUGGUGUUUUGGUUAAUAUCACUUUACCAGUUGACAGUCUUAAGAUUCGAGCUCUCCACGUCGUUCGACGACUGGUUCGACCUGAAGACUACAGAAAGCUGGAAAUUGUUCAUACGCUCCACGAGGAGCUUGAAGAUCAGCCCAGCUGUUUGAAAGAUCUCCGACGCAUGAACCAGCGAGUUGAGCAGUGUCUGCUGCGGUUCCGAGGCCAGGAGGAAUGAAGCGUGAAGCUGGAUGGAUGUUCAUCAGACUGUAUUUAUUACUCACA